AUGCCAUCCUCGCUGUCUUCCAAGUCCUCGGGUGAGGCCAAGGCCGAGAAGGUCCCAGUCAAUGAUGUCAACGAGAAUGGCGCUCGCGUUAGCCAUCAGCCCGCCGAGCUCAUUGUCGACGAUGAUGAUGCCAUGCUCGCCGCUCGUGUGGGCCACAAGUCCGAGUUUGCACGAGAGUUCAAGAGCUUCUCCACCAUCUCGUACGCAUUCGCCAUCAUGGGUCUUGUCUCUUCGGUCGCAACCACUUUCAACAGUCCAUUCACCCUUGGUGGUCCCGCCGCAACCGUCUGGACCUGGUUCAUCGGUUCUUGCUUCAACAUGACCCUCGGUCUCUCGAUUGCUGAGCUCGUCUCGGCUUACCCUUCUGCUGGUGGUCUCUACUCGGCUUCGGGUCUUCUUGUCCCCCGCAACCAGCGUGCCUUCGUCGCAUGGCUCACUGGAUGGCUCAACUUCACUGGUCAGAUUGCUGGUAUUGCCGGUACUGAGUACGGUCUCUCCCAGAUGAUCUUUGCCUGGGCCUACGUUAUCACCAAUGGCCGCUUUGUCGCCACUACUGGUGCCACCGUUGGUCUUUACAUUGGUCUCCUCGCUCUUCACGGGGUCAUCAACUGUCUCGGUAUCAAGACGCUUGCCCGCCUCACCUCGUCGUACGUGAUUGUCAAUCUCGGCAUCACCUUCAUCAUCAUCAUUGUCGUGCUCGCCAAGACACCUUUGGAUCAGAUGCAUUCGGCUUCGUACACUUUUACCGAGAUCAACAACGCCAGUGGUUGGAGCAGCAACGGCCUUGCUUUCCUCUUCGGUCUCUACUGUGUUCAGUUUGUCAUGACCGAUUACGACGCCACUGCCCACAUCUCGGAGGAGGUUUCGCGUGCUGCUAUCGCUGCUCCCGUUGCCAUCGUUGUUGCUGUUGCCGGUACCGGUGCCGUCGGUUGGGUUCUCAACAUUGUCAUGGUCCUUGUCAGUGGUGACGUUGCAGAGCAGGACAUCUCCACUUGGCCAGGAGGACUUGCCUUUGCUCAGAUCCUCUACUCGCGUGCAGGCAAGGUGGGUUUCCUCGUCAUUUGGCCAUUCGUCUGCUCGGUGGCCUUCUUUGUCGUCACCACCGCUCUCCAGGCCAACGCACGCUCGUUCUACGCCUUCUCGCGUGACAACGCUCUUCCAGACAAGGGCUUCUUUGCUCGCGUCAACAAGCGCACUGGUACAACUGUAAACGCCGUCUGGCUCGUCGUCAUCCCUUGCAUGGCUCUCGGAUGCCUCGCCUUUGCUUCGUACACCGCCGUCACUGCCAUCUUCGCUCUCGCCGCUCUUGGUAUGGACAGCAGUUACCUCGUACCCAUCGUCGCUCGUUGGAUCUACUGGGACCACCCCGAUGUUCAGUUCCAGCCGGGACCGUUCUUCCUUGGACGUGGCCUGCUUGGCAAGUCGAUCAACUUGAUCGCUGUCUGCUGGACCAUGUUCGAGUGCAUCAUCCUUGCUAUUCCCACUGUUCAGCCCAUUACACAGUUCAACUUUAACUACUCGUGGGUGAUCAUGGUAGGUGUGCUCGUCAUUGCCACUGUCUGGUUCGUUGCGUACGCUCACAGGCACUACCAGGGCCCUCGCAGCACUCUUUCGCCCGAGCAGCAGGAGAAGCUCGGCGUCAUUUCGCGCGACGAGGAGGCUGUUCACCAUCACUGA